GUAACGGAAAUUUGUUUUCAAGACUGAAACUCAGAUAAAAAAGUAUUUGUUAUAUAUAUUAUUGAACUUUAGACUUUAAUGAUAACCUUUACAACAGCUAUACUGCGUUUCUCGUACAAGCUGUUAACAGGCCAGAAGCUACUGCAUGAAUAAGUAGCCAUGUUGCGUGGUUCUGUACUAGCACUUUUACUUUUGUCAGCCAUUGCUAAUGGCCAGUCCGUUGUACAAGAUCAUCAAGAUGGAAAUCAACCAUCUGACGACUGUCCUAACAAAGACUUAAUAAAACCUUGCUCGUGUUCAGAAGAACUUGGCAAAAAGCAUCUUAAAUGUUCAAGUAUUGGCUCUCCUUUAGAGCUGCGUAAAGUUCUCAAUAAUUUGAAAACAAAACAAAAUACAGUAGCAGUAAUGGAACUAUCAAAUACUAAUUUUUUUAGUUUUCCUGAAAACGCAUUGUUUCAAACUCAAUUCAAUGAAAUGAUCUUUAAUAAUGUCACGAUUGUUAAAGCUCAUUUUAAAGACGGGAAAAACAUUUUCAUGGGUCUAGAGCACACUUUAAAGAUUGUAAAUAUAUUUAACAGUAACAUUUCAAGUGGGAUCUUGUGGAAUGCUCUUGAACCUCUUGAAGAAUUAAUAGUCCUUGAAAUAAGUAAUGCAGAACUUAAUCCUCUUCCUGCAUUGAGUGAAUGGUUAACUACCUACCAGCUUGGCAAAUUAUUUCUCACCAGUAAUUCGAUAUCAGAAGUAGACGAAAAUGCAUUCUCCAAAUUCGACAAACUUUCACGCUUGAGCUUGAAAGACAACAACAUUAAAGAGAUCAAGGCUUCGAUGUUUCCUACGAGUCUUACCUUCAUUGAUCUCAGUGGGAAUUUGUUGACAACUCUUCCUCCAGAUGUGUUUUCGGGAAUGCAAAAUCUCCAAGAAGUAAAGUUGGUAGAAAAUAACAUUCAAAUAAUACCUUAUGAUGUUUUUACCGAUUAUCCAAAAUCUCUCAAAACAUUUGACUUGUCAAAAAACAAACUGCAAUGCUGUGCGAAGUGGAAGUGGAUCAUGCAAAUGAAAGAUAAAAUGUUGGGAAGAUGUGACACUCCGAGCAAUCUUAAAAACAAAAACCUAAAAGACGUCAACGAAGAAACUUUACUGGCAAUUGAAUGUACUAAAAUUGAUUAAAAUUAUAACGAUUAUAUUUUAAACAGAGGUCAUUAGUACAGAGUAGUAUCAAUUCAGAUUUUUUGUUCAAAUUAUGAUAUCAUCUAUAUUCAUAUUACAGACCAUAUAGGUGUCAAUUUAAAAAAUUUUGUUUCACUAGUCUCUGUUUUGACUUUUUAUUUCUUGUAAAAAGUAGAAAACAACUUCCAUUGCUUAUCAUUCUUGAUUAAUUUUAUCUAAGCAUUAACAUAAAUAAAUGACGAUGAUAACGAUUAUAUCUUAAAUUGAGAUAAUUAAUAUAGAGUAGUCUCUAUCAUGUUUAUUAAUUGAACUUUGUUGUCCGAAUUAUAUCAUUCAUAUUUUAUAUUACAGAUGGUAUAAGUCUCAAUUUAAAACUUAUGUUCAAACAGUUUGUCUAUUUUUUCUGUCACUCUGAGAAAUUCUCUUAAGAAAAUAUUGCUAAGAUUCUAUGUGAAUAAUAAUUUUAAUUGGAUUAAAAGUUAUAC